CAGAGUAACAGUAAAACAGCAAGACUUCCGAUGGCAUAUCGGUGGUAUUUCUACGUCACCGGAAGACCAUUUUGGGGGGACUUCCCGUGUCCGUCCCUUUCGAUAGCAGUGAAGAAACUCGACUGCUAGCUAGCUAUAUAUUUUUAGCCGCUACACAUCAUUCAAAGUACACCAUAAUCGGACAGCUGAACAGAAAGGUUCGUGUUUAUCGCAUGCGGCUAAUCUGCAAUGGCACUGCAAGUUAGUCAAUUAACCAUGCAGAUAAACUAGAUAGUUAGCUGAUGGGACAGUCAACUUGGGUCCUGUGUGGUAAUUGGGCCGGACGGCUCGUCCACGGGUAUUUCUUUCCUUGCAACAUAAAGAUUGCACCUUCGUGUUGUAGUCAUGACAACCACCAUCGUACACGACACAACAGAGGCAGUAAAACUUUGCCCUCUGUAUUGCCUUUACCUAAAACCUAUUGCCAAAAUGGUGGUCAGUGUGGCCCUCCCACAGCUGAAGCAGCCGGGGAAAUCUAUCUCCAACUGGGAGGUGAUGGAACGCUUGAAAGCUAUGGUGCAUCCGGACCAGUUUUCAGCUCUGCGUAUCUCCAAGAGCACCAUGGAGUUCAUCCGCUUUGAAGGUGAAGUGGAGAACAAGGGCAUGGUUAAGACCUUAUUGUCCAAGCUUGACAGCAAGAGCAUCAAAUUGAGUGGUUUCACAGACAUCCUGAAAAUACGAGCUGCUGAGAACAAGGUGGACUUCCCCACCCGACACGACUGGGAUGCCUUCUUCCGAGACGCCAAGGACAUGAAUGAGACGCUACCCGGGGAACGGCCGGACACUAUCCACCUGGAAGGGAUGCCAUGCAAGUGGUUUGCCCAGAAGGAUGCAGGAGCCGAUAAACCCUCUGAGAGCAUUCUCCGUGCCGUGUUUGAAGGCUUUGGGAAGAUACGUAAUGUGGACAUCCCCAUGCUGGAUCCCUACCGGGAGGAGAUGAUGGACAAGAACUUCCACACCUUCACCUUUGGUGGGCACUUGAACUUUGAGGCUUAUGUGCAGUACCAGGAGUAUGCGGGUUUUGUCAAAGCCAUGGACUCACUGAGGGGCAUGAAGCUGAUGUACAAAGGGGAGGACGGCAAGGCUGUGGCCUGUAACGUCAAGGUGACAUUUGACACAACCAAACACCUGAGUGACUUGGCACUGAAGAAGAGGCAGCUGGAGAGGCAGAAGCUGCAGGAGCUGGAGAAGCAGAGGGAGGAGCAGAAGCGAAGGGAGAGGCAGGAGGAAGAGAGACGCCGGGAGGAGGAACGGAAACAGCGGGAGCAGGAGGAGGAGGAGAAGGAGCGUAAGCGGGAGGAGAAACUGCGCAAGCGGGAGCAGAAGAAGAAGCGGGAGACUCAGAAGAAGGUAAAGAAGCAGCAGGUGGAGGAGCAGAAGAAGCUGCACCUGAAGAUCGCCAUGGAGGAGCGGAAACUGCUUCUGGCCCAGCGCAACCUAGAGUCCAUCCGGCUCAUCGCUGAACUGCUGAGCAGGGCCAAGGCUCUGAAGCAGCAACAGCGGGAGAAAGAGGAGGCGGAGCUUGCCCGUAAGCAGAAGGAAGAGCUUGCAAGGCUGCAGCAGCUGGAGGAGAGGCGGCGACUCCAGGAGGCCGAGUUGCGCCGUGUGGAGGAGGAGAAGGCCCGGGCCCUAGAGCUGCAGCGCAAGGAGAGGGAGCUGCGGGAGAGGCUGCUGGGAAACCUCCUGAAGAAUAGUGUCUGCUCUGAGAGGCAGCAGGAGGAGCCCGAGCUCCCCGCCUCGGGCACAGAACCGGCAGCUGGGCCACAGCUCAAUGGCCUCGCACAUAGCGGGGGAGGACAGAGCCCUGCUAGAGUUUCUGUGCCCAGAGAGGAUGGGCUGUCCCAGGGAAGCAGGCCACAACGGGAGUGUAGCCAGGAAGACGGCCACGAGCGCAGACGAGGACGCAGCCAGGAAAGGCAGCGCAGCCGAAGUAGACAGGAAAGCAGUCGCAAGGGCAGUCAUGGUAGGCGAGAACAUAGCAGUGACAGCAGCCGGAGCAGACAGGGGCACAGUCGUGAAAGCAGCCGGAACAGACGUGACUACAGGCGGGAGUAUAGUCGCGAAAGUGGCCACAGACGGAGGGAAUGCAGCCGGAGCAGAUGGGAGCGCAGUCGCGAAAGUAGCCAUAGACGGAGGGAACGCAGCCGGAGCAGACGUGAGCACAGCCGUGGAAGCAGCCAUAGGCGGCGGGAACGCAGCCGGCACAGACGUGAGCGCAGUCGCAGACGGCGAGGGCGCAGUCACAGCAGAUCGGGAAGCAGUUGUAGGCGAAGUGGGUCUUCCGGGUCCGACAGCAGUCUGGGUCGCAGGAGGUCCAGCAGGGAGCGCAGGCAUCGUGGAGGUCGCAGGGACAGUAGGGGGCGUAGCAGAGCAGACCACCACCGGCGUGCCAGCUAAGGGCACGGCGCUCCGCCUGCCUGCCUGCCAUCACCCGGGGUCCGCACCCAGAAACUGUGUACUUCUCCUUCCCAGUUUUCUCACCAGAAACGUUUAGCUGAUGUAUUGGCUGCUGCCACAAUGCAAUAAUAAUUUGUUACAUUGCCGUUAUGAAACCUUGAGGGGAUUUUUUGCCAUUUUGAAAAACAAAUUGCACUCUUUCAGCCCCGAGAUUAGGAAAGGUGUAUCUGAUACCUGGCCAGCUGUCCAGCUCACAGUGUCUUUACUCUUCUCAGAAGGACCAAAAUGUCUCAAUCAUUUUCACGCAGUACUCUGUACAGGCUGAAUUUGUGUUUUGAUUCUUUAGUUCUGUACAACUAUAGAGGAGUCAGUGUUACGGUAUUAGAGAUGCAGUAAUCAAUUAAUAGACACAUGUAUUCUGCAGUACUUUUGUUUCUGAAUGUCUUUUGCAAACGUCUAAAAGAGCCGAAGUUAUCUCACCAAGUUAACUGAGGACAAAGCCUUAAAAUGAAAUGCAUGUCUUGAGUUUUUUCCUGAUGCGUUAUGGUGGAAAUUCCCCUUCCUCCUUCCAGUUCCAUUGUUUCUUUAAUUUUGGUAACUAUAGGCAGAAUAACAUGGCUGUGAGUGUUUUAACAUGCCAUUAAUAUUUUCUUCUUGUUUUUAUUUUAUCAGAUGACCUCACAUUAUUAAUUUUAGUUACUGCAAAGAUUGAAUUUAAUGCUCCUUUUUUGGAUCUUGAGGUCCAGACCCAUCAGAAUCGUGCUGCUGGAUCUGUGCUCCGGUUUCAUAUGUGUGAUUUCACUGGUUUGAAUGCGCACAGUGUACGAUGUUUUUGUUUUGUUGAAAUUAAAAAGAUAUUUAAAGGA